AUGCGUGUUUCUCGUCUUGCCAGGAGCAAGUCUCCUUUAAGCACUGCGUCUAUUCUUGACUUAUUUCAAAAAGUAGAUGGAAGUCUGCCCAUCAUUAACUUUGAUACAGUCCAGAAGCUCUCGCCUACCUCUGGGGAGCUGUUUAUUCUUGAAGGCUUGGAUGGCUCAAUUGUAGAUGGGAAGACAUAUGCGUCCUCCUCUGACAUAUUUCAUGAGUCUCAGUUUGAUGUGGUUAUAGAUAAAACACAGACAACCCCGAAGAUAUUUCGGUUUGUAUACUACAACAGACAAAGCAAAUACAGGAUUGUGCACUACCUGGUGUGCGACCAGAGGCAGCAAGCAUCUUCGUAUACGCCGUCUGAUACGAUUUUAGAUAAGAUCGCACAGGAUUUUUUGGAAGAGUACGAGCUUCUUAAAAACAUCUUUUUUAAGCCGGUGCCAGAAGAGGGGGAGGAUGCUUUGGAUAGAGUGUUCUGGGAAAAUCUGGUGCAAAGGCACUUGCCAGAGAUCAUGCAGCAGAGGACCCGGCACUUUCUAAAUAAAUAA